GUUCAUCUUGGCCUGUUGCUAACGCUGGCGGUGGUAGGUGACAACCCACUUAGUGGCUAAUAGAAUGCAUAAAUUUAUACAGAUUCAAGAGCAAUGUCUUGCUAGCUGCAGAUGAUGUUGCAACUACAGUUUAGGGAUGUGCUCAAACUCUUGCAUCAUGGUGCUUCAUUGUGAUGACUUUGUAAACCACUGUCUCAGUUUAGAGGACCCUAUCAGCUGUUUCUAAGUGAGAAGAUCAACAAUGGCAGACAAGUUCUUCGCUGCUGACUGCAGCAACAGGGGAGUUUGGGGUGUGCUCUGCAACACAGUAUGAGGAUGAGACCCUGUAGGCUUGGCCAGCACUACAUGUGAGUUCUGCGCAUACUUUGGCAAAAGUAAGUUGGCAUUCUCAUUGCCAGGGUUUGGAGCUUGAUGCGCUGGUGAGCUUAAGCUGAUAAGCAUUUUGUGGCUGUGGUUAAGUGUCCUCAGCUCCUUUUGCCAACAUCAGGGGCAGUGCAGUGCUCUGUAUUACUUAUGACACACCCCAUUUACCUGCAUCUGACUUGUGUGUGGUGUCACUGCACCAAAGCAACAGCCCAGAGCCUGGAAGUGUUACUACAGAAUUGUCUGCUUGCAUGCUGGGGGAGAGAUGACUCUGUCAUCUUGAGACGGAGAGACGGAGUGCCAACUUGAAUAAAAUAUUGGGGGGGGGGCAGGUGAGCCCUGCCCUGAAUAAUGGAUCACAAGACACGGCACACACAAACCAUUUGAAUGGCAGCACCCAUCAACUUUGGGUGGGGCCCAGACCCCUCUGAUAUUUUAUUGGGGAGUUGGUGCCUUUAUCUUGAGAUAAGAAUGGAAUUACUUGAAUGGGUGAAGUCCUCACUUUUCAGGGAGGAAAAAACUGUGGUUGCCGUGUUUGGGCUUCAUGCCAGAUUGAACUGCAGUGGAAUCAAAAAACAUUUUAAAACAGUCUUAAUAUCCAAGUGUCACAGGAUUUGGAAGGAAUUACAAAGUGCAAUAAGGAUGCGGUUAUCCCACUGAAAUUUAAUGGGGCUGCCUUCGUUUUAGGGAAACAUUAUCACUUAGUAAGUGAAGGAAUCAUGGAGAAGAUUGGGACCUCUGAAAUUCGUGAUGUUGCUGGAAAUUUAAAUGUGUUGUCUUUCCUUUUACUCCUUUAUAAGUUGGUUUUAGUGUUGGGAGACCUUCAUAUCCCGCACCGCUGCAACAGCCUGCCGGCUAAAUUCAAGAAACUGCUGGUUCCUGGAAAAAUUCAACACAUUCUCUGCACUGGAAACCUCUGUACAAAGGAGAGCUAUGACUACCUCAAGACCUUGGCUGGUGAUGUUCAUGUCGUUAGAGGGGAUUUUGAUGAGAACUUGAAUUAUCCUGAACAGAAAGUUGUAACUGUCGGACAGUUUAAGAUUGGACUGAUCCAUGGCCAUCAAGUUAUUCCAUGGGGUGACAUGGCCAGCCUGGCGUUACUUCAAAGGCAGUUUGACGUGGACAUCCUAAUUUCAGGGCACACACACAAAUUUGAGGCAUUCGAACAUGAAAAUAAGUUCUAUAUCAACCCUGGAUCAGCAACAGGAGCCUAUAGUGCUUUGGAAAACAACAUCAUUCCUUCAUUUGUGCUGAUGGACAUCCAAGCUUCCACUGUUGUUACUUACGUUUAUCAGCUGAUUGGUGAUGACGUGAAAGUAGAAAGGAUUGAAUACAAGAAAUCUUAAAGCAAAAUGCUCUACUUGGCUUUUCUCCGUGGGUUUCUUUUUUUGGGGGGGGGGGAGAGACAGGACAAUAUGCACUCAAGAGUCCACAGUGUUUCCAAUAUUGUUAACUUAGGAAAUGAGUCCUCUUCCCCUACUGUAGACAGCAAAGUUUUACAGCACUUGACUUACUAAAAGUCUGCCUUGGCUUAACUCUUUUCUUUUGCCUAAAAAUUCUUCAUGUCUGUAAAUACCGUUCAAAGUGCACAGCAAAAUUAUGUCUGUUCAUAUGAGCUAUUCCCAGUAUUGUAAUAAACACUUGUUUAACUUUAA